AUGUUGCGAUGGAGUCAGUCUCCAAUGGUCCUGGAGAAUUUUGAUGGACACCACGAUCGAUACAGUGCAAGGAGAAGGGGCCGGCCAGUCGUCGUAAGGUUGAAGGGUAGUUUCUUCGAAAUAGAUUUAUGGAUGUUGAUCCGAUCCACAGCUGUCCAUGUCAUCCACAAUAAUCAAUCGAGGACCAUUGAUCGGGCGAAUGAUGGCGAUGUUGCAAUAGUGCUGCAGGAAAAGUUAAUACAUGUGAAGGAGGAGAUAUAUGAAAAGGAGAUUGGAGGCUCCUGGAUGGCUUUGGGUUCGGGUAUCAAAUUUGGGAUAAAAGGGUUUUGUUUAGACGCUGGGGUUGGGGAUGGUCGUCUAGGUAGCAGCAGCAAAUGGUUAAAAUGA